CAACGGUGAAGCAACAUGAGCAGGUUUUGCUUGAAAUAACUCCGAUUUUGAUAUUUGUAAAAGAAGAGAUUAAUCCGUAGAUGAUGGAAGACCUUGAAGUGUUCUAAAAUCAGUUUGAGAAGACAUUUCGAGAUGACAGACUUUGAAAAUCGGCCACCCAGUGCCGAACUGCCGACUCCUAGCUCCAGGAAGAAGGGACGACGGUCAUGGUUCACUCCUGGUCGGACAUCCAUGCUUGCCAUGGAAAUCAAAUGUGAGAGGAAUAACCCAGUGGAACCAACUGAACCGGAAGAAGAGGAAGCUGACCUACUGGUUUUGUCACAUUUUACGAAUCCUCCGCGAAUGGACUUUGGAAAAAUGAGACCCGGGAAGUCGAAAUCCAAAACAUUAAUCUUGCGCAAUCCGCAUGAUUAUGAACAGGAGGUUUUGAUCGAAAAGUUUCCAUUCAAGAAAGACUUCUAUGUUGACUUUACAAGGUUUAUGGUUGGCCCAGAAAGGGAGGUCCACCUGGUGAUUUCAUGGACUCCUAUGAGCGAGCAGAAUUGCAGAGAGAUGGUGUUGUUUCAGAUCAACAGUGUCUUCAGGCUGCAGGCUUACUUGUUUGGAUCAGCAGUUGAUCCUCCUAAACCCAGAAAGAGGAAGGCAUGGAAAGCACCAUUUCAGAAAGUCCAAUCUCAUCCAGUUCGGAGCAAAGCUGUCGCAAGUGUUAAAGGCAUGAAAAAACCAACGGACAGGGGACCUCAGCAUGUUCUAAGAUCAGUUCAAAAUGUGAUGCGAUCAAGAUCAGAGCCUUCGAUGGAGACCCCAAAGCGAAGACCCAGGGUUUCGGGUACCAAAGUCCGUGCGAGCCAAGUGCACAGAUUGUCCGGUCGCAAAUCAGAUGAUUUUGUCUCAGAUCAUCGAGAAGUAGACAAAGAUCUGCAUCUAGUACAGAAGAGCCUAAUGCAGGGAGAAGCCAAAACGGGCUGCUUUGAUUUGCAUCCAGCUCUAGACACUCAAGAAGUAUCUUGCGUGCCUUCUGGGAUUGAUACAAACAGGGAGACUUUUGUACAAGUAGCUACGCUGUCCGAUCCACCUUCAAUUGGGCGGGAAACAUUUGCUGUUGUUCAACCUCUGGCGAGUGUUGAGAGACAAUCAGAACCAAAAGUUGAAGAAGUCAAUGUCCCAGAGAUCAAAAUCGAGGAACUUUCUAUUAUGUUUGGAGAUGAGGAGACCGAAUGUGAGACCCCUGUUUUGAAAGAAAAUGUCCGCUCUCUGUACACCCCUCGUUCCAUGAGGAGAUCUUUGACCUACACUAAAGCCUUGCAGUUGACCAUCAGUCCCAAACAGCGGAAAAAGCUGGAAAUGUCCCCUGAAAGUGUGGAGACCUCAGAAGAGAGCGGCAUUGACUGUACGCCCCAGGUGGUGGAUAGUUCAGAGAGUUUUCCCCAGGAUGUCCAGUCUCCAAAGUCUGAGACGUCUGAAUUGAAUGAGUUUGAGGAUUCCCUCAUGCUGAGACAUUCAAAAGGUGACAUUUCUUCCUCAGAUUUGUGUGUAUCAGUUGCAGAUUCAGAAUCGGGAAAUGUGUCUGGUCGAAUCACUGAUUGCACGCCAGUGACUCCCAAUUCCUUCCUCAGGGAGAGCGCGGGAAAUUUGCGUCACUCCGGUGCACCACCCUCGAGCCAGGUUCCAAGUCCUGAUGGAGUCCUCCGUUACAUGCCUGUGACACCAAACUCCUUCCUUAAGGAGAGUGUGGGAAAUUUGCGUCACUCUGAUGCACCACACUCAAGCCAGGUUCAAAGUCCUGAUGGAGUCCUCUGUUACGUGCCUGUGACACCAAACUCCUUCCUUAAGGAGAGUGUGGGAAAUUUGCGUCACUCUGAUGCACCACCCUCAAGCCAGGUUCCAAGUCCUGAUGCAGUCCUUGGUUCCAGUAUCCCACACAACGUCAUGGUGAAGCAGUUGGAGACGGUCAAAACUUGUGUACAAGGUCGUCUGUCGCUUGGUGUACCUGCAUCUCCUCCACAGUCUCCAUGUAAAUGUAGCCCCAAACCUCUCUUCACUAUUGGUACAAACUUCCCUAUGCAUAGUCCAAAGGGAUCUUGUAUGCCAAGGCUUAGCGUCGAUUUUGGACAUAAACUUGUGAAUAGUGGAACUGUUACGAAAGAGUCAAAAUUUGCGCUAUCUCGGAAACCAUAUGAGAACACUGUAAAAUCUCCUGAAGAUUGUGGUAUUUCUGCGAGACUGUUCUGUCCAUCUCCAACCACCGAGAGGAGGGAAAUCUUCAUCAGCCCCUCCCAGCUGAAUCCAGCCAGCCUGGAGAUUCCGCACACCCCUGAUCUUCUCAUACGACGUAUGACGGUCACCAAGGACAAGCCGUCAGUCCUGAAACCAAAUGGGGCCAACUCCUGCAAGAGGUUGUUCCCUGGUGCUGUGCAGGAAGAUGAAUCGGAACCUGACACCUUCGAGGAGACAAUCGUGCCACAGUCACUCCAUGAUGAGAGUAUUUUCAGUUCGUCAUCAGGUAAUUCUGAGGAGAAGUCUGUGACUGAGUCAUCAGUUAGUCAGGAGAACUCAUUUGCACCCGUAUCUAGGAAAAAUUGGCAACCACCGCCCAAGAAAGCUGUAAAUACAUGUCGAAGUGAUGUUGCGAAGUCAGACAUGGUUGUCUCUGAGCGCAAACGUAACACUAGGCAUGGAUUCACUAAGGUGCAAACUGCUAGUGUCCCCGUUGCCAGUCCAAUUCGACCCAGACGGUCAGUAAAUCCAAAGCCAGCACCUAAGAAAAGCCCUGGCAAACGAGAGAGCAGUCCGCUUUCAAAGAAAGGCCCGGUCGUCAAGAAGAUGAAGAAGGAGCUGGCUGAAGAAACGCAGAAGGUUCCAUCUCCGAAUGGGCGUAAACUUACGCGUACAGAGCAGUUGAGAAUAGCUGCUGCUGGAAAAAAGAAAACGGUCCAUGAUAAACCUAAGACAACUAGCAUCAGAGUCAGAGGACCCGUGAAGGGUGUCGCCCAGGGAAGACUGGUGUUGAAUAGGAAGUCUGAAACUGUUCUUCCAAAACAUCCAAUGCCAUUCGCCUCCAAGAACAUGUACUACGAUGAAAGAUGGAUCGAGAAACAGGAACGGGGCUUUACCCGCUGGUUGAACUUCAUUCUGACUCCGCUAGAUGAUACAGAGGCUACAAAACAAAAGGUUGAUGCAAGUAAACUUUGCGUUGACCCCAUGAAAUACAAUGACAAGCUCGCGCCAACAAAAGAAGUCCUGUCAUUCCGUGCAUACACAGCUCGCCGUAAACUGAACAACCUGCGCCGGGCUGCUUGUCGGCUGUUCCAGUCUGAUGCGAUAGUGACUGUCAUUCAGAAGGUUGAGCGAGAGAUCGAAGGUGGGAGAUUGGCAGUGAGAAAGGAUAGGAAGCUGAGGGCUGAUCUUGGCAUCAAGCAGCGAAUCCUUGAUAUGGUGUUGUCUUACAAUCCCCUGUGGCUCAGGAUCGGUUUAGAGACAAUCUAUGGAGAGAUCCUCCCAAUUCAGAAGACCACUGACGUUGUUGGCCUCUCUCGCUUCGUUUUCACCCGAAUGUUGGAGAACCCAGACAUCGCCAAGGAAUACGCCCAUCCAACAGUACCACAUCUCUUCCGAGAAGGCUACGAGGAGAUGCUGGCAAAGUUCACGUUGAAGAAGUUUCUGAUGCUGGUGUUUUUCCUGGAUCAAGCAAAGCAGCGCCGUCUCAUUGACCAUAAUCCUUGCCUCUUUUGUAAGGAUGCUGAUUUCAAGACAAGUCGGGAUCUCUUGAUCCAGUUCAACAAAGAUUACCUAAGUGGAGAGGGAGACCUUACCAAGCAUCUCAGUUACCUGAGGUACAAUGUGUCUCACGUCCAAACUGCCUUAGAGGAGUACGACUUUGCUGUGACAAACUUGGCCCUGGAUUUGAGGGAUGGCCUCAGAUUGACGAGGGUUGUUGAGAUGUUGACCCAAAACUGGCAACUGUCAAAAAGCCUCCGUGCUCCAGCUAUCAGUCGUCUUCAGAAGAUACACAAUGUCGAAGUCGCCUUUAAGGAGCUAACCACCCGUGGUGUAGAGCUGGAAGGUCUGCGGGGUGGUCGGGUCGUGCCACGGGACGUCGUGGAUGGACACAGGGAGAAGACCCUCGGGGUCCUGUGGCAGUUGAUCUUCAAGUUUCAGGUCGAUUUGUUGAUUGAUGAAAGACAACUCCGAGAGGAAAUUGCAUUCCUUCAGAACAACUUCAGAAUCCAACGUGACCUUGCAAAGGUCAGCGACGACUUAGAAUCACGGUACCUUGGCCUUCCCCGGGAUCAAGAUGCAGCUGAACAGGAACUGUACUUCCGGAGUGAGCGGCUGAAUCUCUUGUUGAAAUGGUGCAAAGCUGUCUGUGCCUAUUAUGGCGUAUCGGUUGAGAAUUUCACGGUGUCUUUCUCCGACGGACGUGCCCUCUGCUAUAUCGUCCAUCACUACCACCCAGGUAUGCUACCGUCUCGUAACAUCAACCACCAGACGAUGUUGACCCACGGCCAGAGAGAUCAAGACCAGGAUGAGAGCGGAGACGAGAGUUUGGAUGGUGAUGCACCAUGGGCUGGAACAUUCAGUCCAAGUACCGGGAAGCCAACCAUCUACAGUGAGUUGCUGGCGAAUGAGAAGGAGAACUUCAAAGUCCUUUAUGAUUCUGUUUCAGAGCUCGGCGGUGUUCCCAUCAUGGUGAAAUCAACAGACAUGUCCAAUACCAUCCCAGAUGAGAAAGUGGUGAUCACAUAUGUGUCGUACCUGUGCGCGCGUUUGCUUGACAUCCGGGAGGAGGCAAGGGCAGCCAGAACCAUCCAAGCUGCGUGGAGGAAGUAUUGGCUUCAUAGCAAGAUCAAGCAUAAUCGGGUCAAACUGCAGGCUAUCAUCACCAUCCAGAAAGCUUGGAAGUUGUACUACACUAGGAAGAGAGCAAUCCUGGAGGGUCGUGCUGUCAUCAGACUUCAGGCCGUCUGGCGAGGAUACAGAAUACGCAAGUUGAUUGCUGAGCAGAAGCAGCGUGCUCUGUUGGCAAAGCAGACGAUGGCUGCAUGUUGCAUUCAGACGUACUUCCGAUCCUACCUGACGAAGAAGAAGUACAAGCAAUCAGUUGCAGCCAGUAUCAGGAUACAGUCCACUUGGAGAGGGUACUGGGCAAGGCAACAACUCCUUAGACAGAGCACUGCUGCAACCAUCAUACAAGAGCAGUACCGUGCUAGGUGUGCCAUGCUGCAACAGAGGGAACACUUCCUUCAGAUGUGUAACGCAGCAUUGGUAAUACAGACGGCUCUGAGACAGCAUUGGGCUAGGAAGUAUGCAACGCAGCAAAGGGCUGCUGUCCUGAUUCAGAGUUGGUGGCGAGGUCAUUGUGCGGUUGUUCGCUUUGCCAGAAUGAGAUGGGCUGCAGUUACGCUGCAGGCAUUCGCAAGGAAGAAUCGAGCCCAGAUGGAUUUCUGGAGGAUGAAAAUUGCUGCCUACAAGAUUCAGCAAUGGUAUCGUGCUGUGAGAGCUGGCCGAGAAAUGAGGGAAGAGUUUGUCCUGAUGAAGAAUGCAGUAGUCACAAUACAGACGAAAGUGCGCAGUUGGUUGGCCAAGCAUUUGGAAACAAAAGUGCGUGCAGUUGUUCUUAUCCAAGCCACUUACAGGAUGCAUCGGGACCGACUUGCCUUCCUCAGGAAAAGACAUGCUGCCGUUAUGAUUCAAGCAUGCUACAGGAGACAUGUUGCAGUCAGAAGUUACCAUCGAAUGAAAUGGGCAGCCCUCGUGAUUCAAGAGAAGUUCAAUGCUCUCAAGUUGCAGAGAGUUUGUAGGGAGGCAUUUGUCAAUAAUGUAAAUGCAGCUGUGACGUUGCAAGCAGCAUUCCGAGGCUACAUGGCUAGAAAGGCAUAUGAACGUCUGCUCAGGACUGUGAUCAGACUCCAAGCUGUUGUGAGAAGUAAUAUUUCCAGACGAAGAUACCUCAAGAUGAAGGAGGCAGUCCGAGUGAUCGAGGAGCGCUACUCGGCUCAACGUCUUGGGUACCAACAAUGGCUUGUGUUCAAUAUCCAGAAGGGUGCUGCUAUAACAAUCCAGGCGGCAUGGAGAGGCCACGUCAUUCGCCAAGAGUAUUGCAACAUCCGUUCAAGCGCUCUUGUUAUCCAGUCUUACUUUAGAAUGGUGAAAGAGCGUUGUGAAUUCCUGCGCAGGAGGGCCGCUUGCAUCAUCAUACAGAACUCAUACCGCAGUUUCCUCUUGACAAAGUCAUGUCAGACCGAAUUCUUGAGAAUGAAGAACGCUGCUGCGACCAUCCAGGCAAGCUUCAGAGGUUGGCAGUGCAGAAAGAGUCUCCUGAUCAAGCGGUCUGCUGCUGUUUGUAUACAGAAAAAUGUACGGUGUCACCAAGCCAAAUUACGUUAUAUUUGUGUGCGAAAUGCAGCUGUUAGUAUCCAGAGAUGCUACAGAUCCGUUAUCGUAGCUAGACAACAGAAGCGAAAUUGUGAACAGGUUUUACGGAGUACUACCACAAUCCAGGCCAACUUUAGAGGCUGGCAAUGCAGACUUAAAUUCCAAAAGAUGAGGUCUGCUGCCAUCAUAAUACAGAAAUAUGUGCGUUGUUUACAAGCCAAAGAACGAUAUGAAGGUGUGAAGAAUGCAACAGUUACAGUUCAAAGGCGCUGGAGGGCUACCGUUGCUUCCAGGAAGCAGGAACAGGAGUAUUGUCAACUUCGACAGAGCAUCAUCAGAAUCCAAGCUCACGUAAGAUGUUAUUUGGCGAUAAGAACUUACCAGGAGAAAAGAGAAGCCUGCAUCAAGAUCCAGAGUGUCCUGAGAGGGAACCAGCAACAGAAAAAGUAUCAAAAGCUGAGGGCAGUGGCUGUAAUGUUACAGCGAAGGUUUAGAAGUUUCCGACUGAGUCGGAUGCAACACCACGAGUAUUGUGCUAUGAGGUCAGCUGCUGUGAAGAUUCAGUCCGUUGCCAGGGGUUUCCUACUUAGGCGCUGUCUGAUGGGGCAGAAUUGUGCAGCUGUCAUCGUCCAGGCAGCGUAUCGGUCUUAUGCUGCUCAGAGACGUUACACUACCUUGAAGCGGACAGCGUGGUUCCUGCAGCAGACGUUACGCCAGACGUUACAAAUGAAGAGGCAAAGAACAGAGUUCCUUCAGAUGAAACAUGCAGCCAUUUUGAUUCAAGCUGCUCUCAGAGGUCACAGAAUGCGAAGGCAUUUGCAACGUCAACAUCAAGCUGCAACCACGAUCCAGGCCUACUUCAGGUCAUACAAGGCUGAGAAGGAAUAUCUUAUUCUCAAAAUGUGUGCAAUUUCGAUACAGAGGCAUUACAGGGCAUUAUUGGCGACGCGACAACAGCGGUAUGAAUAUCUCAUCAUGAAAGGGGCAGCUAUUACAAUUCAAGCCUGCUUCAAAGGCUUUCUGGUGAGGAGACAUCUGCAGUGGAAACACGAAGCGGCGGUUAAGAUUCAAGCUUACUACAGAUGCUACAGAACUCAGUGCCGUUAUCUUGCCUGCAGAAGAGCUGCGGUCACAAUCCAAAGACGUCACAGGGCAUUAUUGGCCACGAAGCAGCGACGGUAUGAAUAUCUGAUCAUGAAAGGUGCAGCCAUUACGAUCCAAGCUUGCUUCAAGGGUUACUCAACAAGAAAAGGUUUGAAGCGACAGUACAAUGCGGCUGUAUUGAUCCAAACCUUCUACAGGAGCUACCAGGCAAGGGAACAGUAUCUUGCAUGGAGAAAUGCUGCUCUAACCAUCCAGCGCCAUUACCGGGCGUUAUUAGUAACAAGACACCAAAGACAUGGAUACCUGGUGUUGAGAACUGCUGUGGUUUCCAUUCAGGCUUUGUUCAGAGGGUACAGCACAAGGAGAGAUUUGCAACAGCAGCAUGAUGCAACUCGGAAGAUCCAAACCAGCUUUAGGAGAUACAGGGCCAGGGCACAGUAUGUUGAGUUUAGAAGUGCUGCUGUUACAAUACAAAGACAUUACAGGGCAUUGUUGGUCAUGCAAAAUGAAAGGUAUGAUUAUUUGGUUCUGAAAGGUGCAGCGAUGACGAUACAAGCUUGGUACAGAGGCUACCAAGUACGCAAGGAAGUCAAGGAAAUGCACAGGGCAGCGACCAGAAUUCAGGCAUGGUUUAGAGCACAUCGGGCCUGUCAGCGAUACAAGACAUGCAGAUCAGCUGCUGUCAUCAUCCAGAGAACAUUCCGCAGUCGUCUGCUUGUGAAAUGGGAAAGGGAGGAGUUUGUUUCAAAAAGGGUGUCUGCUUGCCUUAUUCAGGCAGCAUUCAGAGGCCAUGUUCAGCGGUCUAGGUUCCAGAAAAUGAAGGAAGCUGCAGUAAAGAUUCAAGCUUGUGUCCGGAUGUGGCGUGCAGAGACUGUUUACAAGAAAACGCAAACAGCUGUUGUUGUUAUUCAAGAGGGCUACAGGAAUUACGUUGUUGGAAAGGAAUGUAGACGGCAGUAUCGAGGAAUACGACGAGCCGCAUGCAGAAUUCAAGUCGCUGUCCGAAGAUUUUUGGCAAAGAGAGCGAGUCAGAGACAGGCUGCUGCUACAAAGAUCCAAGCUUCGUGGAAAAUGCACAGGUGUUGUUCAAGCUAUCAGAAACAGCAACAAGCUGUGAUGAAGAUUCAGGCGACCUGGAGGAUGUGCCUGGCAAGGCGUGCUUUCAUCAGAAUGAAAUCAGCUGCUCGGGUCAUACAGCGUCGUUUGAGGGCCACACUGUUGGCACGUUUAGUGCAGAAGGACUUUUUAGUGUCGGUCGGCGCUGCGAUUACCAUUCAAGCUAGUGUACGUGCCUUCAUUGCCCGUAGGAGAUAUAUGAGAUCUAGAGUCUUGAUUGUAAACUUGCAGGCUAGAGUUCAGUCUCUUCAGAAGAGACGAGAAUUUGUGCGGUUGAGAAGUACUGCCAUGCUUCUUCAGUGCAGACGAAGAGCAUGUGUUCAAGCAAGAGAAGAAUGUCUGAGAUUUGCCAGUCUGAAAAUGGCUGCCAUUUCCCUGCAGGCAUUGUGGCGUGGAAGACAGGCAAGGAAUCGAGUUAGAAGAAUCCGGGCAGCAAUCUUGAUUCAGUCUGUCUUCAGGAUGCACCGUGAGCAGCUGUGUUAUCGUGGAUGUGUCAACCUCGUAACCAGGAUGCAGGCUGCAGUGAGGGGAAGGAUCCAGAGGGCCGUGUACAGGAAAGUGACGUCUGCUGUCGUGGUCAUCCAAUCUUGGUACAGAGGAUGUCGGACGAGGAAAGAAAUCAAGGAGCAAAUGAAACUGCGAGCAGAGCAUCUGACGAGAGUUGCCUCUGUACUUCAUUACAAUCUUGUUGCAGUCCGAAUACAGCGAUGCUUCUGUCGUCACCGGGCGCUGAAGCUUGCCAAGGAGAGGAUGCACAGUGUGCUACUAAUACAGGGUUGGAUGAGAGCCAGACUUGAAAGACUCCACUUCCUAAAGAAACGAGCCUCUGCCCUAAAGAUCCAGGCUGCUGCACGCCUGUGGCUGAAGCGGCGAGAACAGGCUGCAGUUCAGAUUCAGGCGGCGGUCAGAAGAUGGCGAGAUCGGAAGAAUAAGGAGAGGAGGAUGAAAUCGGCUAACCUUAUACAGGCAUGGUACCGAGGACACAAGCUCCGUAACGGAAUUAAGAAUGUCAAAAUCCAUCAAGCACGGAAGCGUAUCGCCGUGGCGAACCGAGAGGCAACAGAGGACAAGAAGCUGUGCAACCGUACCACAUCUGCUCUGGAAUAUCUUCUGGUCUGUCGACAGCUCGCAGCCAUCUUGGAGGCACUCAUGCACUUAGAGGUUGCCACGCGUCUGUCGCCCCGCUGUUGUGAAAGAAUGGUAGAAGACAACGCUGUACCGGUACUCUAUACGCUCAUUAACGGCUGUAACAGGAGCGUGGCUCAUAUGGAACUCAUCAGAUAUACUUUCGAUAUCUUGCUCAACUUAGCCAAGUAUGACAAAACCAGAGAUGGCGUGUGCGUUGAGGGAGCCAUUGAUACGAUUAUACACCAAAUGCAGAUCUUCCUGGGGAAAGGCAAUAUCUUCACAAAGGCGUGUACACUCCUUGGAGUCCUGUCCCAAGACAAGCAUAGAAGAGAGGAGAUUAUCGAGAACAAAACUUUAAAAGACAAGAUCUUGAGCAUCCACGCAAUCACCACCCGCAAACACAAGAUGAAGGAACGGCAGCAGGUCAUCAAAUCCAAGAUGGCCGCCAACAACAGUCUGCUGCACCCAACUCCUUGCAAACAGCCGAAGGUGAUGAGCCCCUUCUGGGUGUUACGUAAAAACAAAAUGAAGGAAAUCAAAGAACCUCUCCCGGCAAUAAACUUUGUGCUGAAUGUGUUACAUUUGGCACCAAAGUCUUGAAUAGUGGACUGUUUUAGACAUGGUCAGUCUUGGAUAUGCCGUAUGAUAGAAUCUCUUCAAGAAAGCAUUGUGUCAUUAGAAAGUGUUUCUAAGAGAAUUGUGUUGACUUUACUUGGAGAGAUUCUUGCAUUUUCUUAUCUGAAAGUGAAUGAAUCAUACCAACAACAGAGUGCGCUGUGUGGGUCAAUGAUGUAGAUUUGAUGUCAUCUGCACUGCCUCUGUAGGGUUUAGUUAAGUGUGGAAAUUAUAUUUUGAAUGUGGGUUAUGUGAAUGAGAAUUGACUGUCCAUGUUUUGUAAAUGCAUUUCAACUUCAUGAAUUUCUGUUUGUAUUUACAUCGAGAUCCGUUUUUGUAUUCAACUCUUCGGAACAGAAAAAAGCAAUUCUGCCGUAGUUGACGUUUUGAAUGUUUUGUAUUUGACAAAGGUGUCUUUUUAUGUUUCUAAGAAAGCAUGUUUUAUUAUUCCAGAGUGUGUAUAUGAAUAAGCUAGUUUUAGUUGUCUAUGCUUUUGCCCUUGACAUUUUUUGAGAGAUGCUCACUUUGAACACUUCAAAACAGAUCUUUUGUGUUAAAAAGAUAUUAUCAGAUCUAUGAAUGUGCAUACUUUCUUACUAAAACCAUGUCUUUAAUGUUUACUGUUUUGAAACAAGUGACAAAUAUUCUGUUUGUAUUAAUCAUGCACAAUAUGUGUACAUGUACUCACUGAAAUGAACAGAAGUCAGUCAUUGUGAGAAAGAAUAAAAC